GGCGUUCUGUCAGCUGCGGUCCGUUGCAAUGCUACUACCCUUGGAGCGAAAGGGACAUGGCUGGCGGAGAUCUUAGCCGAGUAGCCUCCAAGCAUGAAGUUUGGCAAGCAACUGGAAGAGUACGAGCUUCCAGAGUGGAAAGGCUACUAUUUGCCUUACAAGCUCUUGAAGAGAAAGCUUGAAGAUUUGUCCGCCAGGACAGAUACACCAAGAUCGCAAGGAUCCCACAGUGGUCGAGUGGGUGGAAGUGCUUUGGAAGGGGAGGAAGCUUACACUGAAGCAGAUUGGCUUCGGACGGUUGAGGAGGAGGCCAUGCGCAUUGGAGAUUUUGUUGAUAGGGGUAUACAUGGGCUGGAGCAGCAGUUGAAGGAUUUGGAAAAGAUGAUCGAAGGGCUGCAGUCUGGCCGCCACAUCGAGGAAUCCAUCGAUGAGAAUGCUCCUACCGACGAGGAGGCAUCCUUCUUGGAGCUCCGAGUGCUGCAGGCAGUUGGGCGCGUCUCAGAAGGUGUGCAGCGACUUCGCCUCUUUGCAGAACUAAAUCAUGCUGCUCUUUACAAGAUCCUCAAGAAGCAUGACAAGCAACUGGUGAGCAAAGAGGGCCUCAGUGAAGCCUUUCCCCGCUUGGUGAAGGCAACACGGCUAAAUGAGACCGGGCGCUUUGAUGCCUUGGACCGGGACCUCAAAAAGCUCUCCUCCGCAAGUUCAAAAACGGAGGAUAUCGAUGCAUCCCCAGAGGUGGCGCGCUUGAUAGCUGGUUUAGGACGAACUGGGGUUGUUGGGCUGACUGUACAGCCAGCAUCACACCGAAGUGAAUUGGUGCUGAGCUUCUUUCUGGGCAGCUCAGUGGCCCUGUUCCUGGCCAUCGGUGUGCUACUGUGCUUGCCCGAGAAGAGCCCUAAGACCUUCUCCGAGGCCUAUUUCCUUACACCCAUUCCAGUGUUUCGUGUAGUUUUCUCUUUUCUCUUGAUACUGUGGUGCAUGGGCGCCGUUGCAAAGAUUUGUGACCAGUCUGAUGUCAAUCAUAUGUUCAUUCUCAAUGUGGACCCUCGCUGUCGGGUGACGCCAGAGUUCUUUUUUGCACGAGCAGCGACACUCACAACCCUUUGGAUUUUGAUUUUUGGUAUGUACGUUGUUGACUACAAAUGGAAGAUCUUGCCAACAGUUUGGGCCCGAGAAGGCUACAACAAGCGCGCAUCCUUUCACUUUGUCUUGUAUCCUGUGUUGCUCCUCCUGCUCACCAUUGUUGGAAGCCUGGCGCCUUCGACCAUUUGCCGUCAAAGGUACAAACUUGCCGUACUGCGGUCAGUCAAGCGGACCGCAUUGGCUCCACUUUUCGCGGUGGACUUUGCCGACAACAUGGUCGGAGAUGUGAUGACAAGCAUUGCGAAGCCCUUAGAGGAUGUUCCUGCGGCAGUGUGUUAUUUGCUGUCUCAUCAUCCGCAAGAAGAAGAACUCGUAGAGCGCUUCGUAACGAGCGGAGAUACCUGCAGUGACACAACACACAGAUGGGUUGUUCCUUUGCUUGCUGGCAUGCCGUUCUUCUUUCGCGCUGGUCAGUGCGUACGGCGCUAUCGAGAUACGAAGGAGUGCAGACACUUGUGGAAUCUUGGGAAAUACCUGUGCAGCUUGCUCGUUGUAAUUGUGUCCCGCAUGGACAAUACUGCGAUGUUGGUUUCAGUGUCCACCGUCGCAACAGUCUAUGCUUUUCUUUGGGAUGUCGGACUCGAUUGGGGACUUGGUGCCAGGGAGCUGAUGCCAGGCAACUCUGCAGAAGCUCGAAAUGUUGAUGGGGAAUCUCCCAAGCUUUCUCAGAAGAAUGGCCUACGCCAGCGGCAUUUUCCCAGAAAGGUUUAUUGGCUUUGCAGCUUGGUGGACUUAGUUGCUCGAUCAACAUGGGUUUUCACCUUGAUGCCUACAAGUCUGGUGACCGGAAAUAUCGUUAUCCGUGUGAUUUUGGUGUCUGUGAUGUCAUCAGUGGAAAUUGUCCGACGCAGCAUGUGGGCUGUCCUUCGCAUUGAGUAUGAGCAGCUCUCCAACGCGAGUGGCUUUCGUGCGCUGCUUUGGGUGCCCUCAAAGCUCAAUACGGCGCCAGAGAGGCGGCCUUCAAAGGCCAUAGCCGGUGACUCCAAAGGACAGCCCUUGCUAUCUUGACUUCGCCGAGUCGGAGAGAGUACCCUGCGUAGAAUCACUCAGCCUUGGGGGGCAGAUGUCCAUUAGCAUACUCACCUUUUUCAGCAGAUACAGAUUUGAUCAGCAAUCACCUGUCAGGCCCGAUUUGCCCAAGCAAAAGGCCUGGACGGAGAGGCUGCUGCUUGCCAAGCAGGUAUAACCCAACGAUACCAGAUGCGCUAGUGUAGACGUGUCAUUCAAAAUGCUUAUAUAGCUCGGGGGGGAAGAUAUGCCCCUCUCCAUCACAGGUUUGGCAAUGCAAGCUGUCUUCCGCGCAGCAGGGUGGCAACUUCCCGCAAUUGAUUUCCUUGUUCGAAGAAGCUCUGAAUGCUGUACAUUGUAUUGAUGCGUGCUUGAUUUCUCGUCAAUCUCCUAGAACAUAGAGCAGAAUAGAGCGGAGACUUUAU